AUGCAAGCAACAGCUCCACACAUUCUUGGAUGGAUCCUGUUCCGACGCUUUGGUGACACCGGGGCUAUGAGCUUCCUCGAUGAAGCCAUGCAGCUACAACGCCGCGCGUUGACUGAGAUGCACCCCUCGCAAAUACACGAAAGACAUCAGCAUCUUCGAUGCUUAGGCUUCUAUGUGCUUCGUCGAUUUGAGUUUCUCGGCCAUUACAGCGAUCUUGAAGAAGCAAUAUCCGUUUUCGAAGAGUCCAUGCGGCUUUGUCCCCCAACACACACCGCCCACGGUAAACCAAUUCAGGGCAUGCUCUUGGCGAUGCAACGCAAA